AUGGCUAAACGAAAGAGAAUUUCCGAGGAAAAUACUAAACAGCAAACUGGAAAAAGGCAGAAAAAAGAGAUUGUGUUGCCGCCUGUUAUAACAUCUGAUGCACCAGUUCAUCGACAGACCAAAUGGACAAACAAACAGAGGACCCUGAUAUUUUCUUCCAGAGGCAUUUCAUUCAGAACUCGACACCUGAUGCUUGAUCUGCGAACUUUGAUGCCUCAUUCUAAAGCAGAGCCAAAGAUGGACAGAAAAGAUAAGUUAUUUAUCAUAAAUGAGGUUUGUGAAAUGAAAAACUGCAACAAGUGUCUGUAUUUUGAAGGCAAGAAAAAACAAGAUGUAUAUUUAUGGGCAUCAAAUGUUCCCAAAGGACCAUCAGCAAAAUUUCUUGUGGAAAACAUUCACACGAUGAGUGAGCUGAAAUUGACCGGCAACUGCCUGCGAGGAUCCCGACCAUUGUUGUCCUUUGAUAAGGCAUUUGACUCUGAACCUCAUUGGCUGCUGCUAAAGGAACUCUUUACACAGAUUUUUGGAACACCAAACCAUCACCCAAAGAGCCAACCAUUUACAGAUCAUGUUUUCACAUUCUCCAUUCAAGACAAUCGUGUCUGGUUCAGAAACUACCAGAUUUUGGCAGAAGAUGGAUCUCUGGCAGAGAUAGGACCCAGGUUUGUUUUGAAUCCAAUUCGAAUUUUUGCUGGCAGUUUUGGGGGUGCCACAUUGUACCAGAAUCCACAUUAUGUUUCACCAAAUGAGUACCGAAGAGCAUUACGGAGGAGCCAAGCCAGCAAGUAUAAUAAUAGAGUGGAAGCAAGGAUGUCUGUCCAGCUACGAAAACCUGAGAUGACCUACCGGAUGGACCCAACUGAUGAGGUUUUUCAAACAAUUACAGCAGAAAGUGUAAAGAACAGUCAAUAA